CAGCAGCAGCAGACCACCCAGCGGCAGCAGCAGCAGCAGCAUACCAACCAGCGCCGCAGCAGCAGCAGCAGAGCACCCACCGCCGCAGCAGCAGCAGACCACCCAGCGCCAGCAGCAGCAGCAGACGACCCGGCGCCAGCAGAGCACCCAGCGCAGCAGCGCCCAUCCCUGACGACCAGACUCUCGUUCACCCCCUAGCUAGCUUUCGUUCACCCCCUCUGGCCUCAAGUUAUAUAGCUCUUUUGGAGCCACCUGCUGUGACUAAAGUUGGUGACAGUACCCUGCGUAGGCAUUUGCUUGAGAGGGGGGCCCAGGCGUAGGCACCCGCGUAGGUACAGACCCAGUGUAUAAGCCCCACACCACAAAAAAAACAACUCAUAUGGUUAAUUAAGUUAAUUCCAUUUAUUUCCAAUGGCCGCUUAUUUUAUAAAUGGUACUUGAGGUGGUUGCAGCGAGCAUAUUCUAUGUUUGGUUUGGCGUGAUGGAGUUUUAGAGCCCGGUGUUAACCCACAUUAAUAUGCGCUUCGUUUUGUUUCAGGUUUCUCACUUUGAUGCACGCACGCGCUUCCAAGGCAAAUUGCGACAAUGGACGUGAGUCGCGGUCACAGGGGAGUGGCUCACGAGGAGCUCGCACAGUGGACCAUCUGAAAGAGCCAGAAGUGUGCGACGUGGAAAGCAGAAAAGAUGUGGCCAUGUUGAACUUCAAAGAGCUUCACAAACUGAAUGCGAAGUUGAAAGCUCUUUGUCACGUGCAAAAGGAGCUGAUAGCAAAUCUUGAGGCACAAGCGAUCCUCAAGAAUGAAGACCGGGAGAGCAUGAUGUGCGUCAAUGACUGGCAGGACAACCUGCUCAUGUUUUGGAAGGACCACAUUAACAAUUCAUACGACCACCCAAAGAGGUCUUGGCAUGAACCAGAAGGACUUGAGGGACCUGAAGGAUUUCAACCUGAAGACGAGGGCAAGCUUGGAGAGGUUGCACUCACCAAGUCCUAUGAGAAUCUUAUGCUAGAGCUAACAGAGAUGAGUGCCGAGUUGAUUCUCUACAAUGAGGAAGCACGUGAAACCUCUCUACAGGAAUUGGCCAUCUCUGUGCGCGCUGGUUGGAAGGCCGCAUUUAUUUUGCGACACGGGAGCGCUGUUCCUUUGCAGACCACACUGAGUCCCGCUGACAGAAUGGAAUUCACAUUUGUGGAGUGGCUCUUUGCAAGAUCUUUAGCCAGGCAUCGGCAAGCUCGAGAUCCAUCACUGUGGGGCCCAGUCCCUUCAGUCAAGGUGCUGAAGGUGCAGAAGAUUGAGAGCAGGACAUUUCUUCAACGGUAUAUGCAACGACGCGGAGAGCUCUUGGAGCAAAGGGCCGGUCAAAGUUGCGAAGCUUUGCGAGACAUCAGGACGAUGAUUGGAAAGUCUCUCCAGAAUCGACGAUCCAUUGAAGAAGUUUGUCAUUGCCCAGACUCUGGGGUGAACCUCAAUGAAGUGCUCCUUUUUCACGGAUCACCCAGUGCAAAGAUCAACGGAAUCUUGGCCAAUGGCUUUGAUCCUAGAUAUGCUGGCGAGGGCACAGGCGCGAUGUUUGGUCAAGGGACCUAUUUCGCUCACAAUGCCUCCAAGUGCUUUCGCUACGGAGACGAUGAUGCAGCCGAAACUGGAGGUUUGCGCCAGACUGUGCUUCUUGUCAGGGCCUUGCUUGGCGCCCCGUAUUACCAGGACUACAUGUCCCCAGAUCAAAGGAUGCCACCCGCCAACAGCGACUCUGUGGUAGUCCUAACGAGAGCUGAGGGAGGAUGUGUUGAUCACCGUGAGUAUGUCUUGUACGAAGGGGCUUCUUGUUUGCCAGUUUACCUGAUUGAUUUCGAGCACCUUCCUGCUUGCGGUUGCCUGAUGUGUGGCUGGUAAGGCCUCGAUUUGGGGAGCUUUCAUGUGCAAAUUGUGAUGUGCAUUUCUGCAUGACAGAGUGUUCCAGGCGGACCAUUUUGACGUCCCAAAUGCCAAAAUUCUGGAAACUACUUGCCAUUUUCCCUAAGAUUCUUUAAUAUAAAGGGUUGCCAAGUUAGUGAGAUGAAUUCGUGUCAUCCAUUGUAUAGUGCAUGCUUCAUCAUGCUUCCACUUCCAAGCCUUUCCUUCUUUCCAUUUCCAUGUAUGGCCGACAUGGUCAACACAGACUUUGGCAAUGUAUGCAGACUUUUGAAGAGGGCCCUUCAUAGCUCUCUAACAUUGCCAUGCAGUACAGAAGUAGCUUUCGCAGCUAUGAUGUGAAAA